UGCUAUGGGCAUGCCGCAAGGUCCAGUGGUAAGCUUAGCAUAAGACCCGGGCACCAGCAGACGUGGCUAUGUAUAUCACCAUCGCCUUUUACUGGAACUAAGUCUUGAAGCUGUAAGUGGAGUGGUGAGACGCGCCCUACAAGUACAACUGCAGCAGAACUAGCGCUGAGAAUAUUGCAGCACAGAUUGGCAAGCAGAAAUCCAUUGUAUCCCCUCGCCAGCCGCUCACAAAAAGUUGUACAUUCCAGGGAAAGGAUAGUCAAACCAGCCGGCCAGAGGGACUCCAUUGCAGAUGGAUUCCGUCCACACUGGAGAUAGCCAGUGACACUUGUAACUGUUGCAGGUCGGAUUCCCAGGAACCUGCACUGACUAAGUAUGCUGCAAGCAGCCCAUCAGGGGCAGUAGAACUAUAAGUGUACUGUAAACAACUAGCUGUUGUGUGAUAAAUACGCGAGUGAAUCAACUGCUAUCGGCUGGUAUUCGUGAAGAGCAAUACAGAGCAAGCAGAGUAGCAGUUCUGGGGAUUGAGAGAAAGGGCCUAUCUGUUCCAUGUCUCCUGGCAUUCUCACAACUAGUAUCUGCAUCUGGAUCCUGUCAGUACCAACGUGGUUUCUUCGGACAAAGUCAAUACGGCGCCGGCGGCGUGUCUACGAUGAUGCCAUCAGAAUCGGACGCUAUCAGCCCCAUGGCGGCUGUACCCAUGUCACCUGCAGACGGGCCACUCUAUGUAAUGAACUCUAACCCUCCCAUGCAGGCCAUGAUCAUGCACACUCCCACGCUGGCCAUGAGCAUGAGCGCUCCCACGCCGGCCAUGAGCAUGGGCGCUCCCACUCCCACGCCGGCCAUGAGCAUGGGCGCUCUCACUCCCACGCAGGUCUUGAGCAUGAGCUCCACGCAGGUCAUGAGCGCUCCCACGUCGGCCAUGAGCAUGAGCGCUCCCACGUCGGCCAUGAGCAUGAGCGCUCCCACGCCGGCCAUGAGCAUGGGCGCUCCCACUCCCACGCAGGCCAUGACCAUGAGCCCUCUUGCUCCAACGCAGGCCAUGAGCAUGAGGACUCACACUCCCACUAACGACGGUUACGUAGUGCUGGUUCCGGUUCCGAUCACCCAUCCAGCAGCCACCCUGCCCACCCAUCCAGCAGCCACCCUGCCCAUUCACGGAGGCGGUGUCAGGGCAGGAACAGAAAGCCGGCCAUUGGUAGGUGCGGCGCCCAGUCCUCAGUAUGCCACCUCGGCCCAUGGCCAGCCAAUGGCAAUGACACAACAGCAGCAGCAACUGUUUACUGUGCCUGGAUUCGGUAUACCGCAGCUAACCCGAGCAGCACCACAGCAGAUGCCGCUACCGGACCCACACGCCGUCUACGUGCAUCGUCCUGGGAUGAACUACUUCGUCGCCCCUCCACGUCAGCAGCCGCCAUUCUCAGUGGCAUCCAGUUCAGUGAGAGAGGGACGGAGGACUACCAUGCCAGCACGUAUCAGCCACAGCCAGCAGCCGUUCAGAGCUGACACUCCAGCGUCAUCGUCCAGCCAUGAGUAUGCGUAUGCCAACCCUGCUGGGCAACAGCACGAGAAUGACGAUGACGACGACGACGACAUCCAAGUCGGUAAUGUGACUGUAACGGACGAAGACGAAAUCGAUGUGACUGGAGAUAUUGACGAUGCCGGUCUGAUCGGUACCCAUGGACCAUCAGUUGCUCAGCAGGCUCCCAUCAACGACACACCUGCGGACUCGGAGAACGGAUCGGAGAUAGAGGAUUAUGUCGACGAUGGCAUCAGCCAUGAAGACGCUAUUGCGCGCCAAAACCUGCUUGCGGCCGAAUGUUGCAUCCAUACAGACCAGCACGGACGCAACGUGUACGUCUGCCCAGAGGCAAACCAUAGCCAUGUGUACAGGUAUCGUCGUCAUCUUGAGCAGCACUUUUUGACGCAUUUGACGAACGAAAAGAAAGCACUGUGCCACAUCUGUGGCAAGAUCUUCACGCGCACGGACCACUUGUCACGACAUGCGAUACGGCACAACUGUCCGGUGUUGCCAUGCCAACUGUGUGAUAAAACAUUCCCGGACGCGUCCAAGCUCUUCAAGCACUGGAAAUCAAUGCACCCCCACCAGAAGUACACAGCUCCGCUGGCUACCGAGGAUGACGCGAGCAGCGAUGGCGAGGAUGACGUGAGCAGCGAUGGCGAGGAUGACGUGAGCAGCGAUGGCGAGGAUGACGUGAGCAGCGAUGGCGAGCAGUUGCCCGUCUCCACAACCGAAGAUCAGCAAGGCGAUAGUGAGCAGUUGCCCGUCUCCACACCCGAAGAUCAGCAAGGAGACACGAGUGCCCCUGUGGUGCGAAAGAGGAAACGAAGCUCCCAGGGCGGACCUGGGCCCAGACGCAGGUCACCGAAAGACCCCGUAUAUCAGGAGACCAGUUUCGGCAUGGCUCGACUUGCCUGCCUCGUCGAGCCGCCCAUACCAGUGGGUGGCAGGAGAUCCCACGUAUGCAAAGUCUGCCAUAUGGCAUUCGGGCGAAAUUCACACCUGGACCGGCAUGCGCUAACCCACACCGGCGAGACGCCGUACCAUUGCAUCGUCUGCAAUGGAGCCUUCAAUAGGCAGGAUUAUUUGCAGACCCAUAUGAUAAAGCAGCACAAUAAGACGCCUAUGCAGUGUGAGCAUUGCUCCAUGACCUUCCCUCAGAUAUCACUUCUGGUGAGCCACCUUAGAGUGCAGCACAGGGCGAAAGCUGGCUUUCUCAAGGCCCAGCCCACUGAGGACGCCGAGGCCCAGCCUGUUGAGGACGCCGAGGCCCAGCCUGUUGAACACGCCGAGACCCAGCCGGUUGAGGACGCAGAGGCCCAGCCGGUUGAGGAUGCCGAGGCCCAGCCUGUUGAGGACGCCGAGGCCCAGCCUGUUGAGGACACCGAGGACUCUGAGGUACAAUAGUAGUGCUGACAGGCAUCCGUCCUAACUCCAUGUAAAUACCGUCCUAACUCCAUGUAAAUACCGUCCUAACCUCAGCUAUAUGCCGUCCAGAUCCCAUGUAUACUGUCGUAACCCCAUCCAUAUACGGUCUUAACUUAUACCCCCUAUAUUCUCGUGCUAAUUUUGCAGCGUACUCUUUCUUCCUCCAUCUCUGUGCUAUUACACGUCCAUCCAGUCAUCCAGUCAUGUACAGUCGGUCCAUCCAGUCAUCCAGUCAUGUACAGUCGGGCUCAACAGUUGACUAUUAGUAUUCCAGAACAAGUGAAGUUCACAUGCAUUUUAUUAUUUAUUUUUACAGUCUUGCUUGACUUCAUAAUAUAUGGCGUGUUGAGUAAGCUGUAUUAUCCAGUCUUGAGUGGACGGCAUUCCAAAUGGUUCUAUGCCUAUUGCGGCUGGCAUAAGUUUACAGUCUUAUUCUUUUGUUGUAUUGUCUGACAGACAGGCGUGUCUUUUGCUUUAUCGUGACAUGCAAUGUUCACAUGCAUUAUUUUUUUUUUUACAGUCUUGCUUGACUUCAUAAUAUAUGGCGUGUUGAGUAAGCUGUAUUAUCCAGUCUUGAGUGGACGGCAUUCCAAAUGGUUCUAUGCCUAUUGCGACUGGCAUAAGUUUACAGUCUUAUUCUUUUGUUGUAUUGUCUGACAGACAGGCGUGUCUUUUGCUUUAUCGUGACAUGCAAUGUUCACAUGCAUUAUUUUAUUUUUUAGUCUUGCUUGACUUCAUAAUAUAUGGCGUGUUGAGUAAGCUGUAUUAUCCAGUCUUGAGUGGACGGAAUUCCAAAUGGUUCUAUGCCUAUUGCGGCUGGCAUAAGUUUACAGUCUUAUUCUUUUGUUGUAUUGUCUGGCAGACAGGCGUGUCUUUUUGCUUUAUCGUGACCUGCAAUGUUCUAAUGCUAAUUCUGCAGUAUUCUUAGAUCCCACUGUACAAGUAGAUGUACUGUACCGUAGUGGUCAGGUUUUAUUGGUUGUGCUGCGCGUAACAAUAUUUCGCAUUGAUUCCAAUAAAGCCCCAAAGGCCCAAAAAAAA